CCCUUGACCUCCGGACAACGCUGAAAUCGUCAAGACUAGACCAGCGAAAGUCAAUACCACAGAACAACAUUCAAACCGAACCUCGACUAGCUCGCAAUUCCUCACCCCGGUCCGAAAAAAAAAGAAGGGAAAAAAAAACACAAACCUCCGAACUUGCGAUCGAAAACCCGACUCCAACCUUACGAAGAACUUAUUUUACCACGUCGAGUGCAAUUAAUUCACAAUGUCGUACUUCCGCAUCACCCUCGUCCGCUCCGCCAUCGGUCUGCCGCGCCGAUCAACAGACGUGCUCAAGGCGCUCGGCCUCAAGAAGCGUAUGGGCACCGUUUUCCACCCCGUCUCGUCGUCCGUGGCGGGUCAGAUCAUGCGCGUCAAGGAGCUCGUCGAGGUCCGGGAGGUCGAUAGACGGUUAACGACGCAGGAGGUGCGUUUGGAGCGGAAGCCGGACCCGGGAUACUACGUUGAGAAGCGAUCAGGUGCGGACUACAAGGAGAGCCGGAGGCUAUGAGCGCAGUCGUUGGAUUGUUGGCUUGAUUGCUUAAAUACGUGGGCUUAUGGUCUAUUGUUUGGACUGUUUCUGGCGACUCUGCUCUCAUGGUGAGGUGCAGGGGGUCUGGUUUCUGGGCUUGAUGGAGAUGUCGUUUGGGACUCGGAUGACAUUUUACCCUCUCUUGUCUGUCUAUCUUGUUUUUGUUUAUUUGCAUGGAGCGAUUUUUGUGUUUUAUUUACCUUGGUUGAUGCACUUUUUUGAGGUGUCGAGAUAUGGAGAUCUCGUCUCGGAUGGGUUCGGGUCGGAAUGACUCUUGUACUAUACAUACUAUGUCACCAUAUUAAAUUGAGUGGGAUUCUUCUAUGACAAU